AUGGGAUUCGGUGAGCAUCGGCCCUUCGAGUGUGUACGCUGGAGACACGCUCGGCUCCAGACCACAGAGCAGACAGCAGGGCCAGGCAGGUGGAAAAUUCCCCCUGGCGUGCAGCCCAGGCCCUCUGCCUGCUGGGUGGACCGCAGCCAGGUCCGGGGGACUGGCAGGCAGCCUGGCAGCCGCAGGGAGCUGGCUGGGGCCUCCCAGCUCAGCUGCCCCCACUCAGACUCCAGAAUUCUGUCGGCUCAGGCCAGCAGACAGGACAAGGACCUGCGGGAAGCUUGUGGAGCAGGCCAGCUCUUCCUGGAAUCAGUCCGCCUCCCCACCAGCCGCUGGCCUGCUAGACUGUGGCCUGCCUCCCAUCUGAGACCCAGCACCCUCUCUCGAACUCAGUCUCUGCUCCAGGAGAAACCCCUGUGA